AUGCGUCCUGCACGCACCCUCACGCUCAUUUUCGCUGCAGUCCUUUCUUCGUCGCUCGUUUCUGCUCAGGGUGGUCCCUCGAGUUCACAACAAGUCGGACAAUCAUCGCAGUCAAGCUCAUCGCCCGUGUCCACUCCGUCGACGACCACUGUCGAGUCGUCACUCUCGACUACGUCUCCCAAACCCACGCCAUCUAGCCAGUCAUCGAGCUCCAGCUCGAAAACCUCAGCCUCGACUUCCGUCGCUCCUGUCACUACACUGUCGCACUCUUCCAGUUCCCAAGUCUCCCCGACCUCGUCUACGAGUUCUUCCUCGUCUUCCUCUUUCGUGCCUCAGACUUCCUCUUCCACCUCGCUCACGACGAGUUCCCUUGUUUCGUCAAGCUCGUCGUCGUCGUCGUCAUCGUCGUCUACCUCUUCUACCUCGUCGUCGUCUUCGACACCAAUCAGCACCACCACCUCUGCUACGACGGCGAAGGCUGCCGGCGCUACUACCAGGGUAGGAACGACGCUACACCAUGUUACUAUUGCCAGUAUCACGUCGUCAGCGUCAGCUCUUCCUUCGUCUUCUACUGUAGUAUCUUCCGCGUCGACGAACAAAAGCUUUUUCGAGAAUAAAGGCGCGGUUGCGGGUACCUUCACUGCUGUAGGGGCGGUGGUAGUGGUCAUCGCCGCGCUCGCCGCUCGCAUAUUCAUGAAACGCCGCCGCCGGCUGCAAGAGGAGAUGGACCAACUGUACUUCGGCAAGUACAACGAGAAGGAACUUUCGGACGACCCUGAACCUGGCAUGGGCGGUGCGGCCGCGGACAUCUCGAUGGACCCUACUACCCACGCUGCGCCCGACGCUUACCCGAGUCGAGACAUUCAUUAUGGAACAAAUGCGUAUGAGAUGCAGACCCAGGGCCAGACAGCUGCGCAUCAGGGCUACAUUCAACAAUACGACUACCACAGCAAUGGAGCCGCCGUGUUGGAUUACCCUCCUGGCACCCAACCGGCCUUCCCUCCCGGAGCAUACGAGCAUCAACAUCAUGCGUAUAACGAGUACUACAAUGGGCAGCAAGCACCUCCGGCCGAGCAACAGGCGUACUAUGAGUCUGGGCCCGUACUCAACCCGGCACACCCGUACUCAAACCCGCAUAAUACAUCGCGCAACGGCAACGCUGCGGCAGGCUAUUGA